CCGCCCCUGUGGGCGGGGCCGGGAGCGUCGGAGCGGGGCGCGUUCUCCGCGGCGCGGGACGGAAUCCGGGUGACAACAUGCCGACUGCCAAGCAGCUAGCUGACAUUGGUUACAAGACCUUCUCAACCUCCAUGAUUCUCCUCACCAUGUAUGGGGGCUACCUCUGCAGUGCCCGAGCCUACCGUUUUUUCCAGCGGCGUAGCUCAGAGAGACAGGCUGCAGAAGAACAGAAGACUUCAGGAGUCCUAUGAAACCAGGGAGCUUUUUUCUCUGUGCAGAGAGCCUGAGGCAUGCUACCGGAAGACCUCACCUGUGAUUAUUUCCGAGUCAAGAAAGAAGGAGGGCCGUAAUGGUUUUCAAACCUGCUUGGAAAAAAUAUGCAUGCUUUCUCUAGCACUGCCAACUUGGGGAGGCUAUCAAAUCAUAUCUGGAAUGGGAAGUUGAGGCACACCUAUUAAAUGUUUUGCUCUGUC